GCGGGGGCGGACCGCCGAGGCCGGGGACGGUGCCCGGGAGCGGGCCAGCAGCAUGCCCGCGGACGGCGCACGCGCCUCGCGGGGCGGCUCGCUGGGUAGCAUCCCGGAAAGCGAGGAAGCCGAAAUGUUGCCGGACGCCAACCUCGCCCUCGUUCCCAUUGGUGGAGACCGCGGCUCCGUGGCCAGCAUCGUAUCAAAAGGAAAAAUCCCCCCACCCCAUAUCAAAUGGGAACUCUGUGAUGCAGGAUUUGUGUACACAAAUGCGCGCUGUCUUGCAAUACGGCAUCGCAGCCAGAUCCGCAGCCUAGGGAGAGACGUUUUGGUCUAGUAGUUGCUUAGCAUUACAAACGGCUGUCCUCUAGGCCCAACAGCAUGCCAAACCGCUCCCAUAAUGGCAGGGAAGCCUCUGCAUUUGUCUUCUUGCAGGACAGACGUGAUUCGUGGUCUCAAAUCAGCAGGACAAAUUUUCGGAAGCAUGCCUUUUCGAUAUGGGGAGGGGGGAUUUUUCCUCUCAAUGCAUCGCGUCGGACGACUUUGCCGGGCCGGACCAGGUGGAGCUGAUCGACACCACGGCCACCGGUCCGGCGUCCAAGUUCGCCCCCGGACGUGAGUCCUUCCUGGAGCAGCAGCAGGACGAGGAAGAGUUGCCGCAGAUCGACCAGGACACCGACUCGAGCAGCGGCGUCGAAACCGACGACGAGGAGCGGUGCGUCCGAGGGACUAGCAAAUACCUCCGCAUUCCGGAGUUCAAGCCCGAGAAGUACUUGGGCCCGCGGUUCGCGGCGCUGUCCAAGAAGGCGCUGCCUCGGAAGUGGAAGGACUUGACGGUGCGGGACUUGGCGAUUUCCAACAUCACAGAGGUCUACUUCGUGCACCAGUUCAACAUGAUGCGCACCCUGUUGUGGUGGUGGGCGGUGACCCGGCUCAUGUACUUUCUGAACCAUCAGCUGGAGGAGCAGUUUUUGAGUGUGUACUACGAGCCCAUCUACGUGAAGAACGCCUGGUCCUUCACGUGGGACGUCAACAAGCACGACGAGUAUUUCGGGCGGUCCCGGUUCAACUUCAUGCUCGCGAGCAUGAUGAUGACCUGGUCGAGCCUGAUCUUCCCCCUCCUCGCGGGGUACAACCUGAUCUCCGACUUUUUGAUGGUAAUCUGCAUCGCCGGCGACGCGGGACGAACGAACGUCAUAUCAGAGUGCACAUGAUCUCCCCCUCUUCGAUCAUUUGUAUUUGACAGUAUUGCAUGAACAGCAACGCAAGCAACAGCAAAAAAGGGGCUUUCGCAUGACAAAUCUGCAUGCGGAUUUAUUUGGGGUUCCAAAAUUUGUCAUGCUAACAGUGCUUACAAGCGAGGUGUGAAUUUGGUAUUUUGCAUUUACAAAUGAGGGCGGGGAGAGUUGUGCACUCUCAUACGUCACUUUGUCGGGCUACAAGCGAAAGUACGCAAGCAUCACCGACGCGAAGCGGAACGAGGCCUCCUCGGAGGGGUCGAAAACCCGGAUGCAAGUGAUCCAGGAGACGAUCGAGAAAAAGAUCCAGAAGUACGCGAACCUGGGGGGUGCCUCGCAAAAGUUGGCGCUGGCCACAGUGGUAUGCCUUGCAAAAGUAUCGCACUCGUUCGUAGUACUAAUCGCCUUCAUGCAUAUACAAAUUGAUAUUGAAUUUUUUUUUGCAAGUUCAAUCAGCAUUACAUCGUGCGGAGGAAAUUUGUCAUUCGAUUUGUAGUUGUAGUGCGAUACUUUUGCAGUGCAUAAGCGGUCCAUCCAGAAGAAAAGAUCGCGCGGAUCACGCUCUACCUCAAAGACUACCGGGUGUUUCGCUACCUGUCACGCACCUCGACCUACUUGUAUUGUGAGGAAAAAUCCCCCCUCCCCAUACCAAAAAAGGGAACUACUGAAAAUUUGUGAUGCUGAUUUGCGACCACAAAUCGUCGCUGUAUUGCAAGAGGACAAAGCCAGAGAACCGCCCGCGUUGCGCAGGCGCUUUGUAAUGCUGUAUCGCCUACAGAGGAUAUGCCUGCCUUGCUAGGUGCCUACAGCAAAGCGCCCCUAUUCAGGCGCUGCAUCUGCCUGCAGUCCUCUACUGCUAGACAGAUUGGAUUUGUGUACACAAAUCCCGCUCACGCCUCACGCCUCACAAAUCCCGCAUCACAGAUUUCGGUUUUGAUAUGGGGAGGGGGGAUUUUUCACUUUGAUAACUUGAGCGUGUUUUUCAUCCUGGCGGUGACCUACUUCACCUGCAUAUCCUGAGUAAAAACGUACCCACACUAGAGUUGUAGUGCAGAUUUGCAAAGACAGGAAGACUUGUAAUGCGCAUCCCCAUGAGAGCCAUUUCCAAUCGUGUUUUGGAAUUUGUAAUGCUGUGAACAGGAUGAGCAGAUGAAUCUGUGACGCGGCUGCACUUGCUAACCUGCACUACACUGCAGAGCGCAACUUGUCAUGCGUGACUCACAAAGGCCCUAGGUUUGUGUUGCAAAAUCCCCAUCGUUACUCUGGUGUGGGUACGUUUUUACUCAGGAUACUGCAUGCCCUUAGGGGGGACUCCGGCCCGCAUGGAGCGAUUCGUUUUCGCUUGCUGCGCUGCACUGUUCUUUAUCAAGGGUCUGCGGGAGCGAGCCGACUGGGGCGCGCAGUUCAAGGCAGCCAGUAGCGCCGAGGCGAAGCUCCCCGGCGACUUCGACAUUCUCGUCGGGUAUUUCCGCGAGCGCGGGACGCUGCUGUACCAGAUCGACCUCCGGGGAUUUUUCGUCGCCAUCCUGAUUCUCGCCUCCAAGUCCUUCUUUAGCCUCUGGCGCCGUCCCUAUAAGCUGAUGCCCUGGAACGGGUACCUCUUGUUCUGCACCUUGGAAUUCCUCCUCGACAUUCCCCUUUUUUGCGCCUUCUACUUCCAGUACAUGGAGUUCUAUACCUGCUUCCACAAGGGCGCGCGGCGGCACGCACGCCUGGUGGAUCGAGAACGCGAGAAGGUGGCGCGGGAGCGACUACGCGACGCGCAGCGGACGUCCGGCCAGCGCACCACGCUGCACCAUGGCACCGGCAUCUACCGUAGCGAGCACCGCUCCGGGGCGAUACGGCUCACCAUGUACCAGCUCAUAUCCUGAGGAAAAACGGGGCGCACUGUGGUCAUGGACGACGCCCCAUAGUCAAUGACUGGGACGAUGAUCAUCAUGAUCUCUGCAACUAAGUACACAAAUCCGGAAGUUUUAUUGGGAGUCACGCAUGCAAUGUCCCUCAGUUUGUUGUAGUGCAAGUUAGCUGCAGCAUGAGCAUCAAGGGCACCCGAAUCUUCACAAAGGAAGAAAGCCAUCUCCGUGCUAUUCUGUAGUUUGCAGCCUUACAAAUAAUAAUGUCCAAACACGACUGAGAUCAUAAGCGCCUCCCUUGGGCGGGAGGCGCAUCGAUUCCAAGUCGUGUUUCCAUAAAUAAUAUAUUCAUUGCAAAUCUGCAUGGCAAGAACUACUCUGGGGUCGUCUCUGCGGGCGGGAGGGCCACGUUUUUCCACAGGACAGCUGACGGGUCUGAAGCCCAAGUUCGCGGAGGACUACCUUCUGCAGGAGGCGGACAAAAUAUUCUACCCGCUCAUCUACGAGGAUCGGGCACACCACACGACCACCACGGGCAUUCUGCACGUGAACAUGAACACGGCAGUGAACGCCGUCCGGGCUGUCAACGCCAUGUCACGAGCGGUGGGCGCGAUCUCCGCACUCAGCCACGUCGCCAAGCAGGGGGCUGCAGGAUCUACUCCUGGGUCGCGAUAUCAAAAUGAAACAUCCCCCCUCCCCAUAUCGAAAACGAAAUUUGUGAUGCUGUAUUUGAGUACACAAAUCAGAUUUGUAUUGCAGAGCGGCACUGCGGCCAGAUCCCCAGGCUAGGUAGGGGCGUAUGGGUCUAGUUGCUCAGCAUGGCAAACGGCUCCCCUAUAAGCACACCAGCAUGGCAAAUCGCUUCCCUAAUGGGGCGAAAGCAUCUGCCCUUGUCGUCUUGCAAGACAGAUGUGAUUUGUGACCUCAAAUCCGCAACACAAAUUUUUGGAAACAUACCUUUUCAAUAUGGGGAGGGGGGAUUUUUCCUCUCAGUACGCGAAAUACCGUAGCGACAGCACAGGACCGCUUGGGGACCGACCACUUGCUUAUCAACUGUAAAAAUGACUGGGUCUGGAAGAUUCAGACACUUGUCAUGCACGUUUUGCAUGAGCCCUGAUGUCUGUGAUGCAUGCCCUAGCAUCACAGAUUUUUUGAGAGCUUCUUGAUGCCUAUUCCGCAUGACAAAUGCCCUCUCCGCGUAGCAAGAAUUACACUCCCUUUGGUACUCAUGCAAUACAGAUUUUUUUGGAAUCCAAAAGAAAUGGAAAAAAUCCAAAUGUCACAGAGAGAGCAGCUUCAGAACCGCCACGCCGCCCCGAGCGCCCCAAGCACGGGGGGAGGUGGCACGCAGGAAAAAACCGACCACGGAGUAGAGCGCGCACAAAACCGAGAGACGAAAAGCGGCAAGCGGGCGACGGACACCGCGACAACGCCGGGAAACCCAGCGAAGAGACAGAAGCAAGUGGUCGCUGAAUGGUCUUCGGAAGAGGAAAUGUCGCCGCUUUUCACGCCGCGGGCGGGGGGGUCAAAUCGGAACUAAAGAGGGCAAGGGACGAAGGAUGAUAGUGGAUGACAGUCCAGGAAGUCUUGAAUUACAUACACUACUACUGCGCGAGAUUAAAACUGUUUUAAGUAAAGUCAGGAAGAAGGAUUCCCGUUGACCCAUUUGGAAACAGACAACAAAAAGCCAAGAGAAAAGGCAGUUUUGAGUGUUCGGCCAGCUCCUAUGAAAUUUUGAUCCACCGAGACUGCCCGUUUAAGAUGCAUGAGAAAAGUAGAAGGAGGCGCAGCAGACGCCGUUCGAUCUGCUCCCCUCGUAUGUAUGGCCGCUCAAGGUAGAGCGAAUAGAUAGGGCUAAGUAGAUGCUUGUAUUAAACUAGUAGGCACGGCCGAGCAGAUAGCGCACACACAGUAGUAGUAGAUGUAACGCACGGCAUGCGGCGGGAAACAGCGACCGGGAGACAGCGUCGAGGCGGUAGGAAGCCCGGCGACGGACAGUAACGGAGCACAGCGCCAGUGCCGGCCGUAGCGUGCGGAAAGACAGCGACUUCCCCCCGCCGGAAAAGCACGGAAACGCAUUGAGCGAGCGGGCGUGAGGCAGGGAGUGCAGUCAGUGAGAGAGCCGGGCGAGCUAGAAGAGAGCUCCGAAACAACACCGACAAACCAGAAUUCCCGGAAAACGAUGGAGGCGCGCAGGCAGCUGGCCCGGCUACGCAAGGGCUUUGAAAUGGACAACCCGGGGCGACCGGACAUCGCAUUCCCGGGCGAGCCACUGAAAAAGCAGACAGUCCCACGGGAGUUCACGCCAGCGAGGAGCCAGCCGGUGGAAGGAGCCAAACCGGGCACGAAAGAGUAUGCGAAAAUCGUGCGCGACCGCUGCAAGGAGAACCUGCAGAAGCGCUUGGACGCGAUGACGCCAAACACGCGACAGGGCGAAGUCGACAAGAGAAAAAAGCGAAAGCGGGACGCACACCAGAAAUCCCGAAAAAAGUUUUUGAAGAUGACAAAGGAAGAGCGGGCCGAAAAUUUCGAGAAGAAAUUGCAGAAAGGCGACGCCCGGGUACUGACGGCGGACCGCCGAAAGGACAAGAAGAAGGAAAAAUCCGAGAAAGAGGUCAAGCGCCAGCAAACACGAGCACGCGAGAGGAGGGAGCAAGCUGCCGACUCGUGAGGGCGGGGGGACUCCGGGUGCAGAAGUUGAAGGGGCAGAGGGUUUGUUAGAUCAGACGCACGCGCUUCAAGUCAGGUUGGCAGGUGGGCAGUGGUGGCUUAACCCAGAAUAAGUAGAAACUCUUAGCAUGCGCAGAGAGAACUCGCAUCCCAAAAACAGAAAAAGCAAGGCAAGGUAGGCAGAGUAGUCGCGAAUAUGAGAUAGAACAACUUCGCGCAGUUGCUCCACGUGUUCAAAAGAAGACUGAGAGGCACAGACGUCAGUCGAACUAAAGCAGCGGCAGUGGAAGCGGCGUUUCACAAGUUAAAAGAAGGCAUAUUUCGCGCCAUAAAGUGCAAUCUAGUGCGAGUAGAUAGUAGAUAGCGGGUCUUUGUAUGCUAUGCAAGGUCAGAUGAUCGGCGUGAGGUUGGGCUUUUCGUAGGCGACAAACGAAGUAGGCAUCUAGGCAUCUUUGCUUUGCGAGUAGGGAUGUCGAGUAGAGAAGGCAGUAAGUAGCGGACUAGUAAUGCAUAUGGCAGAAAGAAACUCAAAGAAAAAAGCAACGCCAUGCAUGCUGUAGACAGCCACCACUCGCCUGCCACCUGAAGCAACCGGCUGCCCGGCACUGAGGAUGCUGGGUUUCAAGCCGGACGACCCGGAAGAUGGGGACGAGCCAGAUUUCAUCAGUCACGUGUACUGGAACGUGAACGGGUCGGGAGAAGCCAACACGGAAGCGCUCGUCAAGUUAGUCACGGACCUGCAGGCAACAGAGGCGGCAGCGGUUGAGAUCAAAAAGAGCGAGCUGGACCUCGAUCGUGCGCAAUUCACAGGAGUGAGAGGGCGAAAGAGGUUGCACGUAGUAGCGGCGACCGACCUCGUGGGCAUCUCGACCAGCCUGAAGUGCGGUGGUGGUCUGGUCGCGGAUUGCAAUAGCGUGAGAGAGCGGCCAAAGAUCUUGAUCAACAGACUGAUACUUGCGCGCGACCCACGCGGCAGCUUCUUCACGGAGGAGAUAACGAACAAAGAAGACGCCAUACUCUGGGCCGUUGGCGCAGUGCGAGACCGGAGACUGACGCUGACUCUCUACCGCAGGGAGACCCGGCUACCGGUAGACUCACCGCAGCGCGAGUUCAUUGCGGAGCAGAUGCGCAGCCUGAUCCAGGAGAUCGAAGCAGCUAUGGACGCCGCUGAUUUGUGGAUAAUAUCAGGUGACCUGAAUGCGUAUCACGAAGUUGACAACGAUGAGAGAGCGGCUUUGGCGGCAAACCAGCCAGCCUGCGCACUGGUCCGAUCGGAGGCACUAGAGCCGCUUUUCAGCCUGCUGAACAGCCGCGCGCGAUUCCAGGACACGGAGGGACCAACGUGCUACCGAUCCAAAACCUCGCCAACCACGAUAGAUUUUACGGCCGUAGGCCCGAGGAGUGGCGUGGUUUUCGCGGCGGAGAUCCAGCGGGUGCAGGUCGUUCGGGGGCAUAAGAAGGAGUGCAAACCGAUCCCGGGCAACCGAAGUCCGGCACUGCCUGAAGGAGACCACAUUGCCCUCCACACCGCCGUUAGCUGGUACAGACCAAAAAACGAGCCGGCAACGGCCGCCACAGGCGCGACCCAAGCGAGCCAGGCGAGUCAGACCAGUACAGCCUCGGGCGCAAGUGAACUAGACUUCAACGCGAAGUACUCGGAACUGGUGCCACAGGACGAAGGCGGUGAAAGGGUAAAGAUUUUGAAGGGGCCGGACGAAUUCGGCGAGCGGAUUCCCUUCGAAGGCGUACUGACGUGGCCACGCAACUCGAAGACCACAGCAUCCCUCGAGCCGAUUUUCGCGGACGAACAAAUGCCGAGUAUCGAAGAGGUAGGCCUUGAAGGAGUACAAAAAUGGGCACAGGAAGUCUUGCUAAAAGCGGGCGUCUGUAAUCUGGCAGCAGCGAGACCGACGGAAGAAAUGCGGGACCUCUUUGAGCGAAAAUCCCCACCGCGCAAGGGGGGAAGGAAGAAAGGAGCGAGCGGCAAAGGCAAGGGCAAAAAUCGAGGGAGCGGACGCAAAGAAGAGGAGCGUGAGUGGCGAUCCGUUUUCCGCGGGCCGGUGGAUGGGACGUCACUAAAUAACGUCUACCAAUUCGCAAGACAAGCGAGAGAGCAGGUUCUUGGCUCCGGAAGGGGGGCCCCCGCGGAGGAGGUUAGGGAGAUUAACGCCGGCACCGCCGCAAACCCAGAGGUGGUUACAGGGGUAGAGGAGUGCACGAAGAAAAUUUCCCUGGCUCACGUGCUCAAAAGCGAGAAAAUCCGAGUUGCGGAAGGCAAGCGCCACACUUUCGGGGUCGAGGAGAUGCGCCGCGCGGUCACACAGCUGACAGAGGCGGCAAAGGAGCUCCCACCGCUCCGAGUACCAGCAGAAGAAUUACGGAGACACAUCAUGAAAAUGAACCAAGAAGCCUCCGGCGCCGACGGAGUACGACCCCGGGUAUAUGCUGCAAUGACCGACGCACAAAUCCAGCAGCUCGCAGCGGGAUACGAGGCCUUCCUCCGGCGCGUGGCACGAUCGGAGUGGACCCCAGGGACGGAGGACGCAAUCCUACCGCCGGCCUUGACGGUUUUACAGGUGGAGAUCUUGCGCAAAGCGUCACAGCUGGGAGACGACAUCUCUAAGCUGCGGACAGUUAUACGGGGCACGCCGGUCUACCGAAUCCUACUGAGCUUCCUCACGCAUCGGAUGGCGCGAAUUGCAGACCUCGGAGACGCGUUUACGCCUUCAGGCGCAGCAGGGAGGAAAGCCUGCCGCCUCGUGCAUGGCCACGGUUCUGCAGAUUUUGAAGGUGGCGCAUGGGGACCAGCUGCAAAACGGCUGCGAGAACAACGAGCGAGCGGCGGAGCCGAGUGAGCAGGAAAAAGAAAACCUCGCAACGUGGUUGACAAUCCUGAUCGGAAUUGAUGCCAGUAAUUUCUUCAAUUGUAUCAGCGUUCCGAGCAUGUUGAGAAGUUUUAGAUGGGCCAGAUUGGUUGCGUCCGACCUACAUCAAGCUGACGAUGCUGGCGAACUGGCGGAAAACGCUUUUCCUUCGCGAUGGAAGUUGUUUCGCGGAGAUAAAGUCCCACCGGGACCUCAUCCAGGGUUCGGUGGAAACGAUGCUCUGCGGUGUCCUCCUCUACAUGCGGGGCGUUCACGCGGUCGCGCAGUUCGUCGAAGAAUCUUUCGACGAUGCGGGGCGGAUUUGCGAUAAGCGAAUGCAGGGCGCAGCCUGCAAACUGCGCCGAACGCUUCGGGCCGACUUCGCAGGAGGGGACGACAUCGAUGUCACCUUUCCGGACUACAACCCGACCGAGGAGGUCCACGAGCUAUUUCACGACGAAAAGGGAGACGGCGGCGCGGAGACAGGCAACAGAACAAGGAGGGAGCGGAAGCCCCGAUCGACCGAGUACGAGUGGAAGCGAGUGAGCCAGACUUUGCCAGUGAGCGAGCAGGUAACAGAAAAACCAAGCAGAUCCGCCGUGGUCCAAUUCGUCGACGACGGAACAAUUUCCGUAAAGUUUCACAGGCUGGACGCGGAAAAACUUCGCCGCCUUUUGCGGAUAGUCGCCGAAUCGUACGAAACGAUGUAUCGGUCCGAAGGGCAGCCAGUACCUCGCCCCAAAAAAGGCGGAGAUGCUGCUAUCGGCUUCGGCAAUGAAUGGAUGAGCAGGCUGCGUACCUCGCGGCGUUCCAACCUUUUGGAGUCACUUUCAACUUGAAGGAGCAGACGCGAAUCCUCGGCAUCACGAUCAAGCUAGGGGAAAUCGCGGACCAGAUCGACGCCAUCCGCAAGCAGGUUAAUUCCCAAGUAUCUUUCGCGCAGCAUUUGUGCUAUCGAGUUAUGCGUAGCAAGGGCAAUUACGUGAUGAACGGCGCGGACCUUCGAUGGAUUAUCAUCUGCUUCUACAUGUCGCCAAUCAUAUACAUCCUGCCGGUUCUACAUUUGGUUUUUGCGCAGAGCGACUGGUCGGAGCUUCUCAUCGAGAUGGCGACUUCAAUCGCGAAGGUCAUAGGCUUCGAGCGGGAGGUAUGGGAGAGACUUACGACGCGGAUCGGCCUCACGCCCGAACUCUUCUACCGUCUCAUCUUCAGCGAGAACAUUUUGGGAAUCGUAGACCCGUACAUUCUCGGAAUCAAGCUCCUGAGGGGAGUGGCGCAGAGCAACAUUCUGACGGAUGUCGACGGUUUCCUCACCUGGGCAACCUUCCCGAUUCGCUUUCAUGGCACGGGCCUUGCGGGAAUAGGCGCGGCAGACCGAACGGCAGUGCGGGUAAAGACUGCGGCGGGCCUAGCCUUGGUGGAGGCACUGAGUGAGGGAGCGGAAAUCAGACUGCCAGCAAAGUCCGACCUCCGCCUCUGUGGGUUCAUCCCAGACCGUAGCAAAAAGCCACCGCCGGCCUCACGCCUGCCGCGCGCGUGCCAGAGGGAGACGGCGUACGUAGUAGCGGCGGCGGACGGACAAGGGGCGCGGGUGCUGCAGGUAGACGGCAUCGGAAGGGUCGCUGUGCUGAAGCAGGUACAGACAAAGCGAGCGCAUCUGAUGAUGGAGGAACGCGCGGAGGAGAGACACUUUGCCGCGUAUCUCAGCGGCUUUCUGCAUCUCAGCCGCGAAACGAACAGCGAAGAGCCAGGGGUCCACUACAAGUACAAGCUGUGCGACUACGAGAGGUUACGAGCAAAGACGCGCGGGCCGUUGCGCCGAGGCGAGGGCAUUGCGGUGCAUUUCGUCGAGCAGGUGGAAAGGCUGCAGUUGCAGGGCCACAAAGUCCACUGGGCAGCCACCCAGACAAUGGGGAAGAUCGCAGAAGAAAAUAGAACGAUGGCGCCGGGAAUCGCAACGCGGGCCAUCGGGUUGGCGGUGGUGAACGCGACGGGACACGACCACGAGUACACGGACUGGCCGGUCUAUGAUUUCGGGCAAAAAGCCUUCGCCUUCCCUCCUCUGCGAGAUUGGACCAAGCGGCGCUGCCUUGCAAAGCGGCGGCAGUACAUCAAGGACAUGCUGCGGCUCACUGACCUGCAGAGCGGAGAAAACACGGAGGACGAGCACCCGGAGCCAGAGGGUGUGGACGAGAGACGGCCGGCGCCAAAGGCGAAAGGAAAGGCAGCCCCGCGAGCAAAAGCGAGAGAGCAGCCGCCAAAACAAAAAGCAGCAAAGUCCAAAGCGAGGGCAAAGCAGCCAGGCCCGGCAGGGAGAGAGCGGCAGCCGAAGCGGGCGCCAGCAAGCGGAGCGAAGGCCCAGCAGCAGCAGACUACGGACAGAAGGGCGCAGCCGAAGCAGCAGCCAGCAGCAGCCAGGAAAGCGGUUCCACAGCGAAGGCGGUAAAAAGACCCGCGCGGGCGGUCUGCCAAGUCACAGCGACAAGAGAGCUUUUUCCAAAAACGCAGGAGCAAAGACUCUGCUUUUCAAAAAAGUAGGGGCAGAGACUCCUUUUUUCGUAAAACGUAGCGCAGGUUUUUCCCUAAAAAACACAACACAGGAAAACGGCAAACGAGCAAACAGCGCCAGCGAGACGCGCGCAGCUAAGAGCUGGCCCCAAGAGGUCAGGGACCGCGCAAAAAAGACCACGCCGGCGGCGCGUUCCCAAGCAACAGGACGACACAGAGAGAUGAGAGGAGAAAAAACCAAAAAUGGCUCGCGUAAAUGCAGUGCGCAGCCACAUGCCCAUCUAGUUUUUGCCCGCCAUGCACAGGGCGCGUGUCCUGUCGCUUGGGUAUUGUCUCGCGCGCCGACGCCCACCAGUGAGGCGCUUCCACCCAAGGGGACCCACGGGCCCGAAAGGAACGGCAGCAAAAAGCACAAGCAGAUGCUGGCCAUGCCACUCUUCCCCGGCAUAAGAAGGGCCACGCAAGAGCCUAGUAGUAACAGUUUCCCGGUAGUAAUAGCGGCAGUAGUCCUAGUAGUAGCGUAGUCGUAAUAUUAGAUAGAAAAAGGGUCUUAGCGCAAGAGGGGCAGUCCAAAGAGGCUUUUUGCAUGGGGUCCACCCGUCGUCGUUUAGCGCAAGCAAUUCGAUGGUCAACUGACCCCGCCCCAUUUAGAUAGCCGCUAUGCGGGAGUUUUGUAAAAACUGGACUUCGUCCGUCUCCGGGUGGCGUGCCCGGGGUUCAGUAUAAAUAAAUUUGCCCGGGAAAAUAACACGCAGCGGGGCAGUCGGGCUUACCGGUAAGCCAGUCGGGGUCUACCCUUUUUCCACGUCGUCACAUGUGGUUACUGUGUCUAGUUGGCAUGUGUCAGGGGGUUCCUGUCUUUGGCAUUUCCCGGCUCUUCCCAUGGGUUCACUUCGACGACUGCCGCCGGGGACGUUCAUAUGCAGUCAGCCGGAUGACUGUGACCUGGCUCGUACUGUGAACGCAGCUGGAUGACUGUGACCUGGCUCGUCUUCGAUAGGCAGGUGGAUGACCGUGACCUGUCUCGCCUAUCAAGAUCCCUAAUCCGUAGCUCCUAGACGUUGCCUGGCCCGCGAAUGACUCCAGGGCAGCCGGAUGACUGUGACCUGGUUAUAAAGGGCUUCGUCGAUCGAUUGUGCCACUAGGGCCUUGUGUUCCGGCUACUCCGGAUCGCAAUCGAUGGAGGGCGGGACCUGCACCGGCGACAGGCGCUACCCAACCAACCAACCAAUAAGGUGGAUUCUUCCAGACCCAGACAUUUUUACAUUUGAUAUUGCUGAUGGCAGCACGCCACGCAACCGCCGGAUCUGCGCAUCAUUCCGCCGGCGGGGAGGAGGGCGGGCCCGCACCCAGUAGCCCAGGUGGAGGAGAGACUCUCCUGCCCGCAGGAGACGGACAGGAGGAGGGGACCGCCGCGGGCCGGCAAAGUACCAGCGCCGACGGAGACGCACAACCGGCUCGCCCGAGCGAAGCGGAGCAACAAGUUUAGAAGUGUAAAGGGCGGACUAGAAGAGGUAGAGUAGUUGAUAAAGAAGUUUUUUAAACUCGCUGCACCAGGCGGCACCAGGGAGAGCUGCUAGUAUGUAACGAAGGUCAAGUAGGACACCGCCCGAGAUACAGGCAACUGCACGUAGAAUCUAGGUUUACAGGACAAGGUCAAGAAGAAAAUCAUAUAGAGAACUGAAAAGUCAAUGAAUCAAAAGUGAAUGAAAAAAACUGGGUCAGAUGUAGUACGGAGUAACGCGUUGUUGAGUUAUGUUAGCCGAACGUCACAGCCACAGCUGUGGCGCACGAACGGAUUUCCUCUCGCCAGGCGACGGAAGCGGAAAUGCUUGCUGGGCUCGCUGUAUCGAUCAUUAUGUAUCUAUGAUCGGAGCUCUUUUUUUGAAGGUGGCCCAACAGCCUUCCCGAAAAGCCUACGCAGACCGCAGAUACGUAAUAUACUCUUUUUCUAAGGCGACUACAGGCACGGCGAGGGCCUAUCAUGAAUGCAACAGAUAAAAACAAGCAGGCGAAGUGUUAAGAUAUUUGCACGUAGAUGAAAUGGCAGGACACAAUUAUUUUUUUGAAUGUCAGGGUAGGCCUUGCUUGCGAUCCUGCAUCGGUAUCCAAUGGAUGUGACGAACCGAUGUAGGUGCCCCCAAGCUUUUACCGAGUCCCUUUUCCGUCAAGUAGAUGACAAGCAGUAUGGUCAACAAAAGCAGUCGCUUGUAGUCAGCUAGUUUUAUUCAUUCUCGGCUAUGGCUACUAACGCAUCCACAACAGCAAACUCGUGCUGCUUUGUCAUCCGCGGCGAGUUUUUGAUGUGUUAAGUACUUACUUUUCAUUUCCAGCGUUUUUUUGUGCAGCCUUACUUGCAGUUCCAGUCUCAGGACAGCCACAGCGUUUCGAUAUCGAUUUUUGAAACUCUCCUUUCACGCUGUUGUGGCGGGUUGGUAUAAGCCUCGCUCUGAUACCGUGGAAACUUCAAUACAAUCAAGGAGUUGGUUUCUCCGAUCGAUCCUGAGUGUCAGGCAUUCGACACACCGUAGUUUCUUGGGAAUAUCAUUUAUUUGUAUGUACUCCAGUUGGAUGUAAUAUGUGUAUCUUUGUCGUUGAUGUAAGUAUUCUCGAAUUCAUUUGUGCAUAAGCCUAACAAGUGGGCGGUCGCACGCCUCUACUUACUGGUUUGAAAGCGGAAGCAGUUCUUGGAGGGCACAAAUGGGAAGAUGCGCCACGUGUGCGUGUCGUCAUCAUAAAUUUGACUACUUUGUACAAAUUCGCUACUUUGAUCUCCCGAGCAAGCUAAUUUGCGUAGGUGAGUAUGAUAACUAUGACUUUGACUAUGUUGAAUAUGCAAAUCCAUGAUUCUGCAGUGUGUUUUUACGAGCAAGAACGGAUAAAGUGUAAGCGUUCCGCCACACAAUAUUCCAGUUCCAGAUGAAACUUUUUUUCAAUGUAGCCGAUGCGCUUUGUAUUUGCUCCUCGCGUUUGAAACUGAAAAAGGAAAACGGAAAAAAAAAGCUGACAAGAAGUUGAUGACUUAGAUAAUUCUUUGACCUCGUAGAGAAGAGAUGCUGAAUUCUCUCAACACGAAACCAGUUUGACUGCCUCGCAGCCUAUUGAAACAGCCAGAAACUUUGGGAUUGAAGAAAAAGACAGGAAUCAAUACGCCAGCAUUCUGCGUCGACACAAGCUCUUGUGGCCUUAUUUGAUCAACAUAGUCCAACUUCUGACUUUGACCGAAGUAGAGGCGGAGAAGCAACGUGCCUGGUCAAA